UUCGUUUUGUUUACUGUCUCCCCGUCGCUGUCGCUGGGGCGGCCGGCGGCGGCGGCAGCAUGGACAGGAAGAAGAAGCCGCUGGAUGUUACGGUUUCCUCGCUCAUAGACUUGAAAGCUGAACUUUUCAGAAAACAGGAAGAAUUCAAAAAAGAAAAACUUCUGAAAGAUGCUGGAGUCCCUGUAAAACCUAAAGCAACAAACAAGAAGCCGAGCAUUUGGACUAAACAGAAUAAAGGUGUUUCAGAUCGAUCUGAGAAAGAUGCUGAACAAAAGAUAGAAGAGCAACAAACAUUGGACAAAUCAAGGCAGAAACUAGAAGAGAAAGCACAGCUCUAUGAGAAGAUGACAAAAGGAGACUUUCCAGAUGAAGAAACUGAGGAUUUGUACCUUGUGGAUUUCACCCAGAAGAUUAUAGACAAACGGAGAGAAGUACAGGAGCUGUGUGCAAAUGAAGCUGCUAGAAAGGCAGCAGAGAAGGCAAACAGGGAGGAAGAGAGACUUUCUGAAGCAGAAAUUCCACCUCCUCAGGACCCCACUGAAGAAUGGGUAGAUUAUGUGGAUUCCUUGGGCCGUUCUAGACGCUGUAUGAAGAAAGAUUUGCCACAUCUGCUUCAAAUGGAUAAAGAGCUUCAGGGGAAGAGGCAAAUGACAGAAGAGAAGACUUUGUUAUCUGAAGAUAUGAGAAAGGAGCUUCAGCGUCAGCAGUGGGAAAGGGAAGAAGAAGAAGCCCUAAAGAAACCUAUGGGACCAAUGCAUUAUGAGGACAUUAGAGAAAAUGAGGCCAGACAGCUUGGUGUUGGUUACUUUGCCUUUGCCCGUGAUCAAGCUUUGAGGAGAAAGCAAAUGGAAACCUUAGAAAUGCUAAGAGAACAGACUACAGACCAGAGAGCAAAACGUGAACAUUUAGCAGAGAAACGUAAGGCUGUUCUGGAAGCCAGGCUGUCCAAGCUUCGAGCGAAAAAGCGAUUGAAAGAAGGUGACACAAAGGAAAAUGGAGAAGAAGAAGUUGCUAUGCCAGCAGCAGCUGAAUCCAAGCCCACUGAAGUGCCAAAGGUUUCUGCGGAAAAUAGAAAAGUGGAAGUGAUCAUUCAGGAAAGGAAAGAUACAAAGCCUGGCGUGCCCUAUGUCCGAGAGUGGGAUAGAGGCAAAGAAUUCACUUUUGGACUGUGGUCAAAGAAGCAGGAAGAUCUCAGAAAUGAACGAGACCCGGAAUUUGCACCUCCCUCUGCUUAUUUUAUGGGUCAAAAGAGAACGCAUGACUUCAGAAGCCAGAAUUGGAACAAGCCUGGAACCUCAUAUGAAAAAACAGAAACCCUGACAAGAAACCUGCCAUCCCCAUCAGCUGAGCCUUUCAGUAGCAGCUCGCAGAGCAAUCAGUUCCCCCCCACUCAGGAACAUGACAGUGAACUGCAAAAUCAACAGCCGACUUACCAAACUUUAGAUGACAUGCUGUCAUACUAUAAACAAGUAACAUGAGUUUUAGAUGUUUUGAGAUUAAUCAGAAAACGGUGUUUGGGAUUCUCACUUUUCAUUUUGUUUUAAAGCUCAAGAGAAAAGGUGUCUUGGUAGGAUAGGUAUCACAUGUCUUUUGUCAUGUAUGCAUCUUACUGCAGUCCUUGUGCUACUUCUCUCACCACUAGCAUUAAAGGUUUCUGCUUUUAAAGAUUA